ACCACCCAACGGCGUCGUUUUGAGGAUUCAUCGUUUUCCUAGACACGUUUCCGUCAAAAUUACCUUCUAUUAGGGUUUUUCCCUCCAAUUCGCACCAGAUGACGUCGACCGGAUACAGUAGCCUCGCGCCGUACAUCGGCGGCGGCGCCGGCGGCAAUGGAAACAGCAGCGCCGCCUUCGUCCGAAUCAAAUCGCGCACGCAUGAGAUCUUCGCCACGCGCCGGCCGUGGCGCGAGCUGUUGGCUCAUCCGUCGUCCUACUCCGUGCCGACCAGCUUCAGCGAAUUCGCAUCCAGAUUCAAACACAACCUCGCGCACUUCCGCGUCAAUUACGCCAUGGUCGUGCUGUUCGUCGUCUUCCUCAGCCUGCUGUACCGACCGAUCUCGAUGAUCGUCUUCAUAGCGGUAUUUAUCCUCUGGUUCUUCCUGUUUUUCUUCCGCGACGAGCCUAUCGUCGUGUUCGAUCGCAUGGUAGACGAUCGCGCGGUGCUGAUUGCGCUCGGAAUCGUCACGAUCGUCGCUCUGCUUCUCACGAACGUUUGGCUGAACGUUCUGGUGUCGCUGUCGAUCGGCGCGGCGGCGGUGGUUCUGCACGCGACGUUCAGACUCACGGAGGAUCUUUUCCUGGAUGAAGAUGAGAUUUCCGGCGGCAGCCUUCCCUCCGUCGUCGGAGCCACUUUUUGAAUCGAACAGUCUUUAGGUUUUGAUAAACGCCUGUGGAUGAGGUAUGUGCAGAUACACUAGAAAUUGCAUUCAAUUCGUUAAAGACAUUCGAAUGUUUCUACAUAUACUCCUUCCCUCCGUCGUCGGAGCCACUUUUUGAAUCGAACAGUCAUUAGGUUUUGAUAAA